AUGACUCAGAGCUCAGCAAUUCAGCAUUGGGAGUACAGAGUAGGAGGAGCAGAAAGGGAGAGUAUAAAGUCAGAGGCAAGGUUUGCUCCUGUGUGUGCCAUCUGCAGGCAACUGGAGGUGAUGAGACAUCUUGCGGGCUGGCUGUCAUUAGCUGUCUACAUGUAUGGACUGAAUGCAGACUUCAUUCCCUAUUUACGCCCCCCAGAGGAAGAAUUUCCUGCAAAAAACUGUACUUUUCCGUUCAUCUAUAAUGAGGUAAUCUACCACAGCUGCAUCUCUGUUCACAGUGACUUUGAUUGGUGCUCCCUUGAUUAUUAUUUCCAAGGAAGGUGGAGAUACUGCAAAGCAUUUGAUCCUCCAAUGUGUAUCUUCCCUUUCCAAUUUGGAAAAAAGUUCAUUAGUGAAUGCACCAAGGAAGGCUACAUUUUGAAUCGGAGUUGGUGUUCAUUGACUGACAACUACAACAAAGAUAGGAAAUGGAAGCAAUGCUCUCCUUACAAGUAA